AUGAAAGUCUACGCAAGCAUCUGUGCCAUGGUGCUCCUGUUUCAUCUUGCUGUGUGCACCCAUAUUACUGGUCCAGAGAGCACUGACUCCCCAGCUCACUGCUGCUUCAGAUAUUCAUCAAAGCCAAUCCCACUCAGAUUACUGGCAGACUACUACAGAACCAGCGAAAGGUGUCCUUCCACAGCUAUUGUGUUUAUUACUAGGAGAGGCCGGGAGAUUUGUGCCAACCCCACAAAGAGAUGGGUCCAAGACCUCGUCAGUCGCUUGGAAAUAUAUUCUUUAGAAAACAUGGAAAAAUUGACCUGGGCAGGGGAGGGGGAGUCUUCCUUUGGGUAA